AUGAGAGUCAAAACCUUUGUGAUCUUGUGCUGCGCUCUGCAGUAUGUCGCUUAUACAAAUGCAAACAUCAAUGAUUUUGAUGAGGACUAUUUUGGGAGUGAUGUCACUGUCCAAAGUAGUAAUACAACAGAUGAAAUAAUUAGAGAUGCAUCUGGGGCAGUUAUCGAAGAACAAAUUACAACUAAAAAAAUGCAACGGAAAAAUAAAAACCAUGGAAUACUUGGAAAAAAUGAAAAAAUGAUCAAGACGUUCGUUAUAACCACGGAUUCCGAAGGUAACGAGACCAUUGUAGAGAAAGAUGUGCUCAUGAAGACACUUUCCGAUGCACUAGUGCUGCAGUCGGUGCAGGAGCUGGUGCAGGUGCUGCCGCUGGUUCUGGUGCGGGUGCCGGAGCGGGUUAUGGAGCUGCUUCUGGUGCUGGUGCCGGUGCUGGGGCUGGUGCCGGAGCUGGUUAUGGAACUGGUGCAGGUGCAGGUGCCGGAGCUGGUUAUGGAGCUGGUGCAGGUGCAGGUGCCGGAGCUGGUUAUGGGGCUGGUGCAGGUGCAGGUGCCGGAGCUGGUUAUGGAGCUGGUGCAGGUGCAGGUGCCGGAGCUGGUUAUGGAGCUGCCUCUGGUGCUGGAGCUGGUGCUGGAUACGGAGCAGGAGCUGGUGCUGGAUACGGAGCAGGAGCUGGAAGCGGAGCUGCCUCUGGUGCUGGUGCUGGUGCUGGUUCAGGUGCUGGUGCUGGUUCAGGUGCUGGUGCUGGCUCAGGAGCUGGUGCUGGAUACGGAGCAGGAGCAGGAAGCGGAGCUGCCUCUGGUGCUGGUGCUGGUUCAGGUGCCGGUGCUGGUUCAGGUGCCGGUGCUGGUUCAGGUGCUGGUGCUGGUUCAGGAGCUGGAGCUGGAUACGGAGCAGGAGUUGGUGCUGGAUACGGAGCAGGAUAUGGAGCAGGAGCUGGUGCUGGAUACGGAGCAGGAGCAGGAAGCGGAGCUGCCUCUGGUGCCGGUGCUGGUUCAGGUGCUGGUGCUGGUUCAGGUGCUGGUGCUGGUUCAGGUGCUGGUGCUGGUUCAGGAGCUGGUGCUGGAUACGGAGCAGGAGCUGGAAGCGGAGCAGGAGCUGGAAGCGGAGCUGCCUCUGGUGCCGGUGCUGGUUCAGGUGCUGGUGCUGGUUCAGGUGCCGGUGCUGGUUCAGGUGCUGGUGCUGGUUCAGGUGCCGGUGCUGGUGGUAGCGUCAGUUACGGAGCUGGCAGGGGAUACGGACAAGGUGCAGGAAGUGCAGCUUCCUCUGUGUCAUCUGCUUCAUCUCGCAGUUACGACUAUUCUCGUCGUAACUUCCGCAAAAACUGUGGAAUUCCUAGAAGACAACUAGUUGUUAAAUUCAGAGCACUGCCUUGUGUGAAUUGCUAAUUUUUAAUAUAAAAUAACCCUUGUUUCUUACUUCGUCCUGGAUACA